UCCUGCCGGGUGAGAGUGUGUAGCUCUUUCGUUUUUUAUUAACAAAAAAUGUCGAAGUGCCUCAAAACGGAAUAUUGUUUAGUGAUCUUGUGAUAGUAUUUAUGUGCACUAUACAUAUUUUAAGUAUUUUCACGUUUAUAACUAAAAAUAAGUUAGAUUGUGAUAUUGAGUCUCGUAUCGUCUUUUAAAAAUUUAACACACAGAGAGAGCUAAACGCGUAAUUAAAAAUUGUACCAUAGUCGUGAAUUAGACGAGUCUUUUCGUAAGUGUUAUAAACUGGUCUUAAGUAGACCAUCCGUGUUGUUUAGAUCGGUGGUAGAACCUGAUACAGUGAUGGUGAUGGCCAGUGGUGGUGGCGGGAUGGUGCAAUCCCCGCCAGACAUGCUGCACCAUCACAACAUCAUGGAUACUUCUUCACACGUGGAGAUGAUGCCUAAAAAACUCCGGCUAUCACUAUGCGUGGGGUGUGGCGGUCAGAUCCACGACCAGUACAUCCUGAGGGUGGCUCCGGACUUGGAGUGGCACGCUGCCUGUCUCAAAUGUCAGGAGUGCAGACAGUUCCUGGACGAGUCCUGUACCUGCUUCGUUAGGGAUGGGAAGACGUAUUGCAAACGAGACUACACUAGGUUAUUUGGUACAAAAUGCGACAAAUGCGGCGCUUCCUUUAGUAAAAACGACUUUGUAAUGCGAGCGAAAACGAAAAUCUACCACAUCGACUGCUUUAGAUGCUGCGCCUGCGCAAGACAACUAAUACCUGGUGACGAGUUCGCGUUGCGAGAAGGAGGCGCCCUGUAUUGUAGAGAAGACCAUGAUGUUUUAGAAAAGAGUGCAAACACAAGCGGCAGCAGUAACAGCAACGCAGAAAGCAACAACAACACCACACUCAGUAACAACAACUCACACCUUCCGCCCGAGCUGGGCUCUAUGAGCGAUUCCGGCAGCGAGUCAGGAUCGCACAAGAGCGGCAGAGCGCGAGCGGGUGGCGCGGCCGACGGGAAGCCUACGCGAGUUAGAACGGUUCUCAAUGAGAAGCAACUACACACCCUUCGAACCUGCUACGCAGCCAACCCUAGGCCCGACGCACUGAUGAAGGAGCAGCUCGUGGAGAUGACAGGCCUCAGUCCGAGGGUGAUCAGGGUGUGGUUCCAGAACAAGAGAUGUAAAGACAAGAAGAAGACCAUCCAACUCAAGAUGCAGAUGCAACAGGAAAAGCAGGAAGGUCGUCGCCUGGGCUACAUGUCCAUGGGCGUGCCUCUGGUGGCCGGGUCCCCCGUCCGGCACGAGCCGGGCGCCGCUGCGGCCGGAGCCUUGGCGCUCGAGGUGACGGCCUACCAGCCGCCUUGGAAAGCCCUCUCGGACUUCGCCCUUCACGCUGACUUGGACAGGGCUCCUCAUCACAGCGCCGCCUUCCAGCAUCUCGUCAAUCAGAUGCACGGCUACGACAUGCCCUCCCUUCCCCCUCCGCGGCCCCCGCACUCUACCGAAGACAACUACGUCACGUACCUCGAGAGCGACGACAGUUUGCCCCCCUCCCCCUAGUGCCGUCUCUCCUAACCCCCCCAGAGGCGGGUCUCGAACUAACUUAAUAUUUCGAUUGUGAAAAUUAAUUUUGUGAUUUUAUAUUAUCAAAGAUGAAAAUAAUGAUCUUAAUUCGAAACUGAAAAGUCGAUAGAGUAAGAUUGUGUAAGUUUUUUAAAUGUAAUUAUAAAUAUCAUUAUUGAUUGAAGACGUCUCAGUCGGCCUGGCCUUGUUGGACACUUAAAAACAAGAGUCGUAGAGAAACUGAAACGAAGGACGACACGAUGACGCGUUUCAUUUGAUCACCAACGGUAUGACGGAUCUUGUAAAUUGUCUCUGACUGGACUAGACGUGAUAAUCACUGUCAAACGGAACGCGCCAUUUCUAACUAUUUAGUGUCAAACAAACAUUUCUUGUACUUAUUUGUUCAACGUGUAUUGUACACAACGAUUAAUAAUUUUAACUAUAGCUUUCAAAACACCUAAAACAACCUUUCUUGAGACGUAUCUCACAACUGCUGUGACUUGCCAGUGUACAUAAUUAAUGAAAUGAGUUAUUCGUUUCAAAGUGUUGACAAUUGUGCUAGACUAGAAAUAUUGUUUCAUUUGUUAUUAAAAGUUUACCACUAGCUAUAAAGUGUAAUCAAGUGUAUCUAUAAAAUUACUUAUUUUAAUUUAAGUGUAAAUAAUUUGUAAAAAGAUUGUAUUAUAUAAUAUUAAUUAUAAUUUAGCUAAAAUAUAUUAAUAUUGUGAAGCAAACCUAAUUACAUUUAUAAAACGUACUAAAACUUUAUUGUAUGUAAAUAAUAUUGAAGGACUAUUGUUAAAGCGAUCUAAAUACUUACUCUAAAAUAUUUUUUUUUUUAAUAUUCAUUUCAUCGUAAUACCUAUGCUAUUGCAUUGCUUUUUUAUCCCUUUGCGAUGCGAAAAACUUAUAUUAAAUCUGUAAAGUAUGGUUUUUGUAAAUGUUUAUAGUAGGUACUUCAUAUUUGAAUUAUUUUGUACGAUCUAAAGACUAUAAACUUGUUAAGCUACGGGUGGUGUGCUAUGCUAAUAUUUCAUAGAAAUACCAGAUUUUAAUUUAUUCUGUAGUUAAAUAUACACUGUAUUUAGAU